GACUGAACUUCGCAAAUAUGGCGUUCGUUGCUACAAAAUGCAGUAGAAGAUAAUGUUCUAAUUGUCAACUCUAAAUAAUUUAAAAAAAGUCAUGCUCACAGGCUAAGACUAUUCUGAUCAAAUAAAGUGAAUUAGAAAAGAUAGGCCGUGGAAUAUAAAUUUGACGAAAUGGAAAUGAUCUCGAUCGACUAGAGGAGAUAAAGGUAUAAUAUUAUAUUGAUAUUCGAGAGCUUCACGAGAGUUACGACAAUGGGUAAACAGAACAGCAAACUGAAGCCAGAGGUUCUGGAGGACCUCAAGCAGAACACAGAGUUUUCAGAUGCGGAAAUCCAGGAGUGGUACAAGGGGUUCCUCAAGGAUUGUCCCAGUGGACACCUCUCGGUGGAGGAGUUCAAGAAGAUAUACGGCAACUUCUUCCCGUACGGCGACGCCAGUAAGUUCGCGGAGCACGUGUUCCGCACUUUCGACGCGAACGGCGACGGAACCAUCGACUUCCGGGAGUUCUUGUGCGCGCUCAGCGUCACAUCGCGCGGCAAACUCGAGCAGAAGCUCAAGUGGGCCUUCUCCAUGUACGACCUCGACGGCAACGGCUACAUCUCCCGGCAGGAGAUGCUCGAGAUUGUCACGGCCAUAUACAAAAUGGUGGGUUCCGUGAUGAAGAUGCCCGAAGACGAGUCGACCCCCGAGAAGCGGACGGACAAGAUAUUCCGGCAGAUGGACCGCAACAAGGAUGGGAAACUCUCCCUAGAGGAGUUCAUAGAGGGCGCCAAGAGCGACCCCUCCAUAGUGCGGUUGCUGCAGUGCGACCCCCAAUCACAGUGAUACCUCAGAUACUAAAUGACGGGGCUGCCCUACACUGCGCCGGUUGGACGAAAAUAAAUUUUCUAAUAGAGUAACACUGCCGUAUACAGCUGUCAAAAACUUUUAACUGUCAUCUGUCAAAUUGAUUGUCUGUGGUCAGUUUUAAAGUCUGAUGUCAAAUUAGGCUAAAAAUUAUUUUUUUUCUCCUAAACACGAUUUUGACAACAGCUCGUCGUCGGUACAAAGGCUCUUGUAAAAUUUAUUUUCGCCAGCACUGAUGCGUGUCGAGUUGAUGCGAAUUGAUCAAAUGAAAAGACAGACAUGUGAUAUGGAAAUUGAUUUUUACAAAUGUGUGCACUUAAUACUAACAAAUUAAUUCGCGCAUAACAUAUUUUGAAGGCGGCAACCCCGAAGUUGUAGUCGUUUGACCGUUGUAAAUUUCACCAGUUGUUAUGCUUUUAAGAGCUAGUGGCCGACGUUGCACAUAUUAUUUUGUCCCGUUUGUUGGUUGAGGCGGGACAUCGCGUCCCUACUCCCUACUAGUCAGUGAAGCUGGCCAGUGUUGCCAUAUACUGUAAUCGUAAAGUGGCAGAAAUUAUUCAUUUUUUUUUAAUCAUCCGUACUCCUAUAUUGAGUACUGCUAGUUUCGGCUCGACUACCCUGUGGGCAGUGACUCACUAGUCACAAACGUACUGCCACUUUUAGAUAACACUUAUCAACCGAAAAGCGGGACAACUGUGUGAAUAUUUUUCUCUAUAUUAGAUAGUUUACAUGAAAUCAAUACGUUUUACAGUAUUAACGUAUCAGGCACGGCAUGCACUCGCAACUGGAAACCGUUAGUCAAAUUUUCUCAGUCGUAACAUUGUCAAUCUAUAUGCAUCAAGUACUAUUUGCUUGCGACAGUCACAUAGUGAAUAAACUAAGAGCUGUGAUAAGAGUAUAAUGUCCUCAUUCAAACGUAGAAAAGUGUACAGUAAUGACUAAUGAGUGACGUCGAAAAUCUGUUAAAAGCGUAUUCCAGUCGCGAGCGAGUGCUCGAGUGGCGAUCGACUCCGAGUCAAGCUUAGAACCCAUUUAGCUACGUAUAAUUACCUAGUUGUUUGUCGUUACUUGAUACCUUCUAUAUAACGAUCUGAGUAAAGCAGAUGUAAAGUGUCUUAGGGUCAAUUCGUUGACGAAAUCUUAUGCUGUUGACAUUUAUAUGCCAGUCAUAUUCUAAAAUAUACAGUAGCGUCGUAUUUAAUGUUAUAUUGUAAUAAUAAUAUAAUACAUGCCUUCCAUACACCCGACCCGACGUUGUGUGUUGACGAGGGACCUGCGGCGAGGUGGGAUACCUGAGGCUUAGAACAUAGUACACGAUAUAAAUACUAGAGUUAUUAUGCCCCGAACCCCCGUCUCGCCUCCCGUCCCAUAUUCGAGAUCUGUUUCAUUUAAUAUUUAUGUUGAUAAUUAAUUGAAGUAAUUAUUAGUAGCCAUUGUUUAUUUUAAUUAUUUGCACAAUGUUCUACGCAACAAUGUUUUCGAAUUUUAAUAUUAAUUUGACAUGAAAUGUUUGGUUUGAAAUACCUAGCUGGAAUUAAUUUAGGACGAAGUAAAAAUGCUUGAAGGUAACACGCGAGUGUGCGCUGAAAUAUUGAAAGUUUGAUCCCGAGCCGUAGUAAUAAAAUCUUGAAUCUGAAAUGUUCAUAGUGGCAGUUUUAUCUUCAGAUAUGUAAUUGCCAUUAGGCAUUAGAUAUGUCAGUUUAACAAAACGCAAUAGAAAGUUCAAGCAUUUUUGUAUACCUAUGUUCUAAAUUAAUCCGUAAGAAUAAUUAGUUUCUAAUGUGAAUUAUAAUAUAGUCCUGAGUCAUCGUAAGUAUUACUAUAAUUUUAUUGAUACAAUUGUGAAAGAAUAUAGUAGAUGUAUAAUAAUUAACAAUAGAUGAUAAGGGUUUUUUUAAUGUAUACAAUUAUUGUACAUUUUACUGUGCGCCCCCGCUACUCGUCUCGGUUGCGGCAAAAUAGUGAUGCCUAACAAUACACAACGAUUACAUUAGCACCCAGUGAAUUUCAACGCUACGUCAAUUGAUAUACGAUUCAGAAUCGCUCGACAGUCGGUGUCUCUCUGGCUCCGACUGGUCGAGUGAGAUAGCACGAACUAGAAAGAGAUGCGAAAUGCAACAUCUGCAAAUCCGAACGAAAUACCAUUGACGAAAGUACUCAGUGGGUAAAUGUAAACUGUAAUUUGGGGAUGACGAAAAGAUUGAUUUUAUAUACAUAAUAGUAUUAAAUAUUCACGUAACCAGAAUAUGCCUUCCCGUAAUAUUUGUGUAUUUAGUAGUUUUAUAGUAGUCAUCGUUACAUAUCGACAGUAGAUGGCGCCACCGGAGCCUCACUCUCGAAUCUCGAUUAAGGUAUUGCGUUGACGAUUCACAUACGAGGUAUGAUCAUAAACAAGAUAAUGAAACUGAUAUUCGAGGUACGAGAAUCGGUGCUCUGACGUUGCGUCAGUCCCACACAACCAGUUUUUAUUAGAUUAAAAUAAAGUUAAAAGGCCUUAUUUAAAAUGCCUCAUAGUGACCUAAGCACACUAAUUUUGCUGGCGACCUGGCAAAAUUGUAGCUAGAAUGCAGAUAAGUCGUUAGUGUGCCCGGGGCCUACGUCCGGCGUAUUUUAGACAGGCUUUUGCUUGGUAUCGAUAGAUUCAGAACACCAAAGUUAGACUACAGCUUGUGUACUCGAAACUGACAGACAAUAUGUAAGGAGAUAAUUGAUCGAGUAGGUUCGAAAAAUCUCAGUAUUUUUUGUAAAAUUCGUAUUUUUGAACGUUAUGGCCGAACAUAAUAUAACCCAGUAGGUACCAACGAGUUAUUUUGACUAAGUUGCUUUGUAGUUUUUACUUUUCGUAGUCGUAAUUUUAGUCGGUAGCGUCGAUUUAUGUUACUAC